AUGAAGCUCAACCCGGCUAAAUGCUCAUUUGAGGUCAGUUCUGGCAAGUUCCUCGGGUACAUCGUAACCCACCGGGGCAUCGAAGCCAACCCGGAGAUAAUCAGGGCCAUUCAUUCAAUCCUUUCCCCAAAGAACGUCAAGGAGGUUCAAAAGCUAACAGGAAGGAUGGUAGCCUUGAGCACGUUCAUCUCCAGACUCUCCGAACGAUUUCCAGUGGACGAGAGAAUGCGAAUCCGCUCUCCAAGAGCUAAAAUCGUAUCUCACCACUCCUCCUCUCCUGUCCAAACCACUACUCGGUUAAAUCCUGCUGCUAUAUAUGGCGGUCUCCGAACACGCCGUGAGCGCCGUCUUAGUUUGCGAGGAGGAAAACAAGCAGUCCUCCAUAAACAAGAAGUCUCCGAACGCCUAGCCAAAUGGGCUGUGGAACUAGGGGAGUACGAUGUAAUAUUUCGACCCGCCACGGCUAUAAAGUCACAGGUCCUAGCAGACUUCGUGGCUGAAUUCUCACCUGCCUUGCUCCCAGCUCUAGAGCAGGAGGUAUGCCUCCGAGGUGAAAGUAAGGAAGAGGGAGAAUGGAUCCUACAUGUUGAUGGAUCCAGCAACUUCAGAGGAGCUGGAGUAGGGAUAAUGCUUACCUCGCCAACAGGGAACACAGCCUCAAGGUCAGUGAGAUGCAACUUCAAAGCAACCAACAACGAAAGCAAGUAUGAUGCCCUAAUCGUAGGCCUAGCCCUCGCCCAUCAAAUGGAGAAAGAGAACAUCCAGGUCUUCUGCAACUCCCAACAGAUAAUCAACAAGAACUCACAAGCCAAUGCCCUGGCUAAUCUAGGGUCCGCCCUUGAAACGAGUAGCCAGAUGAAUAUCCUCCUGCUCGUGCUUCAAUGGCCAGCUACCAUGGAGGAACCCCCAUCAGAGGAGGUCUCCGCCGUCGAAGAAGGUCAAACCUGGAUGACCCCCCUAAUCCGGUACCUAGAGGCCGACAUCCUCCCAGAAGAUCGUAGUGAGGCAAAAAAGAUCAAAAAGCAAGCCGCGAGGUACUGCAUCUCCCAGGAGAAGCUAUACCGGAGAUCUUUUGCUGGUCCGUAUUUGAGGUGUGUCACACCCCAAGAGGCCGCUAGGAUCCUUGUAGAACUACAUGAAGGAGGUUGUGGAUCCCACUCUAGCGGUCGAAGCCUGUUGCUCAGAGCCAGAAGGGCUUGUUACUAUUGGCCCACAAUGGCCACCGACGCCAACAAACAAGCCAAGCACUGCGACCAAUGCCAAAGGCACGCUCCAGUCUCCAAGCUUCCCCCGGAGAACCUCAAGUCCAUAAGCUCACCAUGGCCCUUCAGAAAAUGGGGCAUGGAAAUAGUAGGGAAAUUCCCUAUGGCGCCGGAGCAGAAGAUCUUCCUUCUGAUAGUCACUGACUACUUCUCCAAGUGGGUCGAAGCAGAAGCGCUCAGCCGCAUAACAGAUCUCCAGAUUCGCAAGUUCCUGUGGACCUACGUAAUCACUCGCUUCGGGGUCCCCCACGAGAUCGUCACCGACAAUGGACCCAAGUUCACGAGCCACAACUUCAAGGAGUUCUGCAAGGACUGGGGCAUAAAACUAACUUUCGCCACACCCCGACACCCCCAGUCUAACGGACAAGCCGAGUGCACGAACAAAAUUGUGUGGGCGGAAGAGCUACACGGAGUCCUAUGGGCCUACCGGACCACUCCUAAAGCAGCAACAGGGGAAACCCCCUACUCGCUGGUCUACGGCUCUGAGGCCAUUGUACCUACAGAGAUAUACGUAAGAACAACGAUCUCCAGAUCUACCUCUCAGGAGGAGAAUAACGAGCUGAUGGCACUAAGCCUCGACCUGCUCGACGAAAAAAGAGAGGCCGCUCGACUGAGAAACUGGUCCUACCAGCAAGACGUCGCCAGGACGUACAACAAGAAAGUCAGAACUAGAACCUUCCAGCAAGGGGACUGGGUUCUACGACGAGCAGAAAAAAAAAUGGGGAAACUCACCCCAGAGUGGGAAGGACCCUAUAAGGUCAUCGAGGUGCGGAGAGCAGGCGCCUACAGGCUGCAAGAUAGCAAAGGGAGCAAUCUAAAUCCUGCUUCUCCAUACGUGGAAAGCAACGUAAGCCUAGCACUUGGGUCAUAA